AUGUCAACUGGUUUUAUUGGAUCAACAUGUUAUAUUGCACCAGAGGUAUUAGCAAAUUAAAACACUUUUUAUAACAAAUCAGUUGAUAUUUGGUCUUUGGGAGUCAUUUGGUAUGAAAUGUUAACACAAGAAACAUUUUUCUAAGGUAACAUUAAUUUAUAAUUUUAGGUAAUGAUUAAAAGAAAGUUUAUAAAAAUAUUUUAUCAAUCACUUAAGAAGAGAUUGAAUCCGUAAUUUAAAAUAAUAAAAAGAUAAAACAAGAAGAAAAAGAUUUGAUUUCAAAGAUGCUCAAAAAAAAUCAAUUCAAAGAAUUCAAUUAAAAGAUAUAUUGA